AUGGAGAUGUGUGGGGUCAUGGAUGGGGGUUCUUGGGAGAGAUGCUGCUCAUGGACUUGGCUCUCCCGAUUGUGGCAGGGGCAGGUGAACUUUGAGGACGUGUUCGUGUACUUCUCCCAAGAGGAGUGGGUGCUCCUUGAUGAGGCUCAGAGGCUCCUGUACCGUGAUGUGAUGCUGGAGAACUUUGCACUUAUGGCCUCUCUGGGUUGUUGGCCUGGAACAAAGGAUGAAGAGAUACCUUUUGAGCAGAGCUUUUCUAUAGGAUUGUCACAGAUCAAGAUUCCUAAGGGAAGUCCUUUUACCCAGAAGGCUUACCCCUGUGGGACAUGUGGCCUGGUCUUAAAAGACAUUUUGCACUUGGCUGAGCACCAGGAAACACAUCCAGGGCAGAAACCAUACAUGUGUGUCCUGUGUGGGAAACAGUUCUGGUUUAGUACAAACCUUCACCAGCACCAGAAGCAGCACAGUGGAGAGAAACCCUUUAGAAGGGAUAAGAGCAGGGCUUUUCUUGUGAACAACUGCCCUGUCCAGUCAUCAGAGAUGUCUUUUGUGACAGAGGCUUGUAAGGACUUCCUAGCCAGCUCAAGCAUUUUCCAGCACCAUGUCCCUCACAAUGAAUGGAAGCCACCUAGCAGCACCAAGUGUGAGGAGGCCUUUCACCAUGGAAAAAGGCAUUACAAAUGCAGUGAAUGUGGGAAAACCUUCAGCCGCAAAGACUCACUCGUUCAACACCAGAGAGUCCACACUGGAGAAAGGCCUUAUGAGUGUGGUGAAUGUGGGAAAACCUUCAGCCGCAAACCCAUACUUGCUCAACACCAGAGAAUCCACACUGGAGAAAUGCCUUACGAGUGUGGCAUUUGUGGGAAAGUUUUUAAUCAUAGUUCUAACCUGAUUGUACAUCAAAGAGUACACACUGGAGCAAGGCCUUACAAGUGCAGUGAAUGUGGGAAAGCCUAUAGCCACAAGUCUACACUUGUUCAGCAUGAGAGUAUCCAUACUGGAGAAAGGCCUUAUGAGUGCAGUGAAUGUGGAAAAUACUUUGGUCACAAAUACAGACUCAUUAAACAUUGGAGUGUUCAUACUGGAGCAAGGCCUUAUGAGUGCAUUGCAUGUGGAAAGUUCUUUAGCCAAAGCUCUGACCUUAUUGCACAUCAAAGAGUUCAUAAUGGUGAAAAGCCUUAUGUGUGCAGUGAAUGUGGAAAAGCCUUUAGCCACAAACAUGUACUUAUUCAGCAUCAUAGAAUUCACACUGGAGAAAGGCCAUAUAAGUGCAGUGAAUGUGGGAAGGCCUUCAGGCAGAGGGCUUCCCUCAUCCGACAUUGGAAAAUUCACACUGGAGAAAGGCCUUAGGCUGGAAUAUAGAUACUCCAUUUUUUUUGUUUAACAUAAUAACUGACCCCAGAGAGAAGCGCCAAGAGUAGUCUUUAUGUGUAGCCAGCAGCCAAAAGUAGAACUUUAUACACUCACUCACUCACUCUAGGGAGGUUCUUCUGAGUGCCAGCUAUAUGGGAAGCUUUCUGGAGCUAUGCUGAAUUUUCUAGACCCUUGCUGGAAUUUCAUCAAGGCAGUGCCUCUGAUAGAAGCCAUCUGUCUUUGUGCUGGAAGAGUCCUGCAUUGUGCAAAAGUAACCCUAAUAUGCUUCAAAAGGCAGACCUCUGUGCUUUUCCCUUCCCUCGAGGGAAUCAGUAGCCUGUGGCCAUCAAGGAUUCUCACUUUUUUCUGACCCACAACUGGUUUAAGCAUGAGCAUGACCCAGUUUUAGCCAGAAAGAUAGGAGCUUUGUUCUGCUGCCCACUAGCAGAGGUUUCCCUUCUUCAUGGAUAUGGUUGAUCUCACAUGGCACUUCUGAUGGAUUUGUCCAGCCUCUAAGACAUCUAACCUGAAAUUGGCUGCCUCAUAUUCUGGUUUUGUAACAAAUGCCUUAAUUUUUAGACUAUCAUAAAUCUUGGGGAUUCUGUUCGCUUUGUGGAUUAGGUUGAGAACAGAAUUGGGCUAAGCCAGUAUGAAGGGAUGAACAGCUUCUGUGAGAGCUCCAACUAUUUGUAUCUCUGAGGUGAUAGUAGGGUGGCAAAGAAUAGCUCUUGUUCUAUUGUCAGCCUAACUUGCUUUGCUGCUGAAGGACAGAAUGCCAGUCUCUGCAGCCCUAAUCUUUUUGUCUGUAUGUCAGGAUUUUUGCAUAACUGAGGUCACCCUAAGCAGUUGGCAUUUGUUGUGAUAAUCUCUAGUGUAUCUGGGAGCAACGAGAAUUAGGUCCUUUGUUCCCAGAAGAUAUUUCUUAUUCUCAAGGCUUCUUAAGGAGUGUUUGAACUCAUGGGACCUGUCAAGAUCUCUGAAAUCUGUUUUUCAGUAUGACACUGGCUGUUCUCCAAAAGGGCCGGGUAGGAAUCAUAGUUGGUGCAGAGACCCACAUUAUUAAGGGGAUGGGAAAACUGCAGCAAACCAUGGGGAAUAUGACCCUUCUAAAGGUAUAUCCACAUGUGUUUCUGUUACUCUGGCUCUACCAUGAGGGUUUACAGAAAUAUUUCCAUACCUGUGUCUCCUGUGGAUAAGAUUACUGUCCAGAAGUCAGUCUAAACAUUUUUGCAAUAAACUGCACAUACUUAUAGUAUACCAUUUGAUAAGUUUUGAUACACUUCUUUCCCAAAAGUUUCCUGAUUCCCUUUAUAUUUUCUCACUUUCCUUCGCCCAUCCCCAGGCAGCCAUUGAUCUGUUGUCACUGUAGAUUUGUCUUUCCUAGAAUUCGACAGAUAACAGUAAUUUAAUAUGUAUUCUUAUGUUCCUGAUUUCUUAAACUCUGAAAUUAUUUUAUGGUUCAUAAUGGUGUUCUGUGAUUCAUAGUUCAUUUCUUUUCAUUUAUACUAUGCUAAGAGUAUUCCAUUGUGGAGAAAUAGUUCCAAAGCAAGUGAUCCAGAAGAGAACUCACACAAGAACAAAGCCACUUUGAGACCAGCCUGGUUGACAUAGUGA